AUGUCGUCCUCUCUCCUCCCACCGAACAAUCCCACUCUCACCACCCUCACCUAUAAAUACCCAUUGAAACUUGUUCCGCGCGCACCAGGCUUCGUUCCCACGCCUGAUCCCGCUGCACUUUCCGAUUCAUGCCCAUCAAGACCAGUCCAUCUCUAUCUCCUCACCUAUGGCGGUGGUCUACUUCCCGGAGACCACAUCGAGGUCUCUAUCAAACUCGAACCCAGGACACGAAUGGUAGUAACGACACCACAAGGAAGCACCAAGAUCUUCAAGACCGAAGACAACGGCGUCAGUGUGAUCAAGGGUCACCGCAAGAAGAUGCCCGCUAACGACCAUCUCUCUGAUAUGAGUCAACAAUCACUCGACGUCCGAAUUGGCCGCCAAUCCGCUCUCUGCUAUCUGCCGGAUCCCUCCGUCCCCUACCAAAAUAGUCGCUACGCCCAAGUGCAAACAUUCACAGUCGACGCCGCGGCCCGGGGUGAUCAGCGUAGCAGUCUCUGUGUUCUGGAUUGGGUCACGCAGGGCCGGACCUCGCGUGGUGAGAACUGGAACUUCCGCUUCUGGAAGGGCCGAAAUGAAGUUUGGGCUGCCGAUGAGAAGACGGGGAAGAGCCGGCUUCUUCUUCGUGAUUCUGUCAUCCUGGACGAUGAACAGGAAGAUGAACUUGCCACAGAUGAGUCGGACGAUGAAAAUGAAGACUCAAGCCACGGAUUAAAUCCUCACCCUGACGGUGGGGACGUUCCACCGCAGGCGCAGGCCGGUCUUCUACCAUUGAACAUCAUCCAAGAACGAACGAGACCACACGGUGUUGUGGGCACUCUUAUCCUGUCUGGCCCAGUCUUCGACAAGCUCGGCUCUUUCCUCAUCGAACAAUUCACAUCACAGCCGCGCAUCGGCAGCCGGAAUUGGUCAUCAUCAGCGACCUCUUCUGCCCCCGAGGAUUCGGCGACCGCUAGGGGCGAUGUCACCUGGACGGCAGCCCGUGUCCGUGCCGGCUUUGUACUUGUGAAGUUCGGCGCCAAGGACUUCGAGACGGCUAAGCAUUGGCUUGGCGGCCUCCUCCGUGAAGAAGGCAGUAUCGUGCGAGAAUUCGGCGAAGAGGCCCUCUUCUGCCUAUAA